AUUUCAGUUUGACAGCAACAGUCUAGAUCACUGUGUCAGAGGCUGGGAUCUUGAUCUGCGAGGAGGAUGCUUCCACAGAUAGAUGCACUCUCCCUUUCUCCAGACAAAGUCUUCAGUAUUUUGGUUUUCCAUCUUCUAAUACACUUAAAUAAAGCGGAGUCUCAGGUGGUUGGUCCACAUCAACCAGUAGUUGCAUUAGUUGAUGAUGAUGUUAUUUUACCAUGUCACGUGGAGCCUGCAGAGGAUGUGACAGCUGAGAUAUUGGAGUGGACAAGAUCUGACUUGGACCCAAGAUUUGUUCAUGUGUGGCGAUCCGGUCAGGAUGUUGUGAAUGCAAGAAAUCCUUCAUACAGGGGAAGAACAUCACUGUUCAUCAAUGAACUGAAGCGCGGAAACAUUUCACUGAAACUCUCCAGAGUAAAACUCUCUGAUAAAGGAACAUAUGAAUGUCAAAUUCCUUUAAUGGGGAAAAAAUCUGUAGUUGAACUUGUGGUUGCAUCAGAUGCUUCCACCUCACCUGUCAUCAGUUUAUCAGGGAUUGAAAAAAACAGAGGAGGAGUGGUGUUACAGUGUGAGUCUGCAGGCUGGUAUCCAGAGCCUGAGCUGCUGUGGUUGGACGGUGAGGAAAACCUCCUCUCUGCUGGACCUACAGAGAUCCUCAGAGGUCCUGAUGACCUCUAUACUAUCAGCAGCAGAGUGACUGUGGAGAAGAGACACACCAACAACAUCACCUGCAGAGUCCAACAGAGGAACACCAACCAGAGCAGAGAGACACACAUACAUGUUCCAGAGGAUUUCUUUGAUAUCCCAUCCAGUUCUUCCUCUGCCAUCAUCGCUUUGGCUGUUUGUUUGGCUCUUUGCAUCAUCCUGUUAAUUUUAUCAGCUGUUGUUCUUUUAUGUAGAAUAAGGAAACAUAUGAUGAAGAUCAUCAGAAGGCCAAAGGAUCAGACUGACCGGGGAGAUGACGUUUCCUGCGAAGAAGCCAGAGAGAGAGAGCAACUCAAUACCAGCAGCUCUUCUAUCAAAACUAAGAAACAGACCUCAUCCUUGCCAAUAACUUCAAGGAGGAAACUCCUGGAGGAGCAACAGAGGAGGGAGGAAGCUGAAAAGAAACUGCAGGACAUUAAAGAAAAGCUGCAGUUGGAGAAGAACAAUACUGAAAUCACCAAGCAGCUCAAGCAGGAGAAAGAAACAGCAGAGGAGCUGAAGAAUCAGCUGGAGAAAAAAAAUCGUGAGCUUUGUGAAACCAUCAGUCAAGUCCAGAAAGAGAAACAAAACAUGGAGAGUGAAAUAAAGACCCUGAAAAAUGACCUCGAUUCCACAAAACAAAAGUUGGAGAAGAGCAAUAUUAAAAUCUUCAAUCAGUUCCAGCAGGAGAAAAAAACAGCAGAGGACCUGAAGAAUCAGCUGGAGAAACAAAAUCAUGAGAUGAUCAGAUCUGAGAGGGAGAAGGAUGAAAUCAUUCAGAAGCUGAUGCAGAGAUAUCUUACAAUAGAAUCAAAAUUCAGUGAAAGCAUCGUUCAGCAGACAGAGUCAGAGAAGAACAAUACUGAAAUCAUCAAACAGCUCCAGCAGAUGAAAGAAAUAGCAAAGGACCUGGAGAAUCAGUUGGACUUCAAACAUCAGGAGGUUGAGGAGUAUACUGAAAUCAUCAACCAGCUUCAGCAGGAGAAAGAAACGAUACAGAAGCUUAAGAGGCAGUUGGAGUACCAAAAUCAGGAGUUGGUAACGGAGCUCGAGGAGGAGAAGAAGAAAACUGAGGAAAAACUCAGAAAAGGGUUUGGGGCAUGUUUUGGGAGGGGGAGAAAGUGUAAUCAAAACUAAUUUGGAAGUUGCUUGACAUAUAACUCAGGAGUGCUUGGGGUUAAACUUGAUGUCUGUUAUCUGACUGAUUCAUGUUUAAAUAUUAAAUAAAAAAUUAUUAAAAAUUAAAUAUUAAUUGCACAUAGGUUCAUGACAAGAGCUUUUGCUUACUUCACUUAGUCUUGAUUAAAUAUAUAGUGUUUCUUGUGUUUAAUUAAAUAUUUCUAAAUAUCCCAAAUGCUAAAGCCUAUCUCUCUGUUUAAUUUUAUAGAAAAAUUAACAAACCUUACUAAGUAAAAAUAUAUUGAUAAUACACUGCUGUUGUCUGAUUUAUUUAUUUUAUUAUUAUUAUUUUUUCAAAGAUUUAAUUGAUCAGGUAACAACUCAUGAGCCAAAGCACUAUUCUGGGAACAUUUGUGUGUCUGUGUGUUUAAUAGGGUUAAUAUGUUGUUCAUUUUUCUGUGUCAGACAAAUAGAACUGUAAUGUUGCAGUACCUGUGUUAUGGUGUUUCAGAAACAUUUUUAUAUAAAAGUCUUAGUUUUAAUGUUAACUGAAGUAAGAAAUGGAAAAAACAAUCUUGAAUCGUUUAACACUAAAUUUCAAACUUAUUACUAAGAUAAAUGAAGUUCCAAAACAAGUUUCUCAUUUU